AUGGCGGGGCCCCCGGCCCUACCCCCGCCGGAGACGGCGGCGGCCGCCACCACGGCAGCCGCCACCUCGUCGUCCGCCGCGUCCCCGCACUACCAAGAGUGGAUUCUGGACACCAUCGACUCGCUGCGCUCGCGCAAGGCGCGGCCGGACCUGGAGCGCAUCUGCCGGAUGGUGCGGCGGCGGCACGGCCCGGAGCCGGAGCGCACGCGCGCCGAGCUCGAGAAACUGAUCCAGCAGCGCGCCGUGCUCCGGGUCAGCUACAAGGGGAGCAUCUCGUACCGCAACGCGGCGCGCGUCCAGCCGCCCCGCCGCGGGGCCACCCCGCCCGCCCCGCCGCGCGCCCCCCGUGGGGCCCCGGCCGCCGCGCCGCCGCCCACGCCCGCCCCACCGCCGCCGCCGCCCGCGCCCGUCGCCGCCGCCGCUGCCGCCGCCCCGGCCCGGGCGCCCCGCGCCACCGCCACAGCGCCCCCCUCGCCCGGCCCCGCGCCGCCGGGCCCCCGCGCACAGCGGGCCGCGCCCCUGACCGCGCCGCCGCCCGCGCCCGCCGCCGCCGCCGCGUCCCCGGCCGUGGCGCCCCCGCCCGGCCCGCGCCGUGCCCCCCCGCCCGCCGUCGCCGCCCGGGAGCCGCCGCUGUCGCCUCCGCCGCCGACCCCGCCGCCGCCGGCGCCGACCCAGCAGCCGCCGCCGCAGCAGCAGCAGCAGCAGCAGCAGCCGCCGCCGGAGGGGGGCGCGGCGCGCCCGGGGGGCCCGGCGCGGCCCGUGAGCCUUCGGGAAGUCGUGCGCUACCUCGGGGGCAGCAGCGGCGCGGGCGGGCGCCUGACCCGCGGCCGCGUGCAGGGGCUGUUGGAGGAAGAGGCGGCGGCGCGGGGCCGCCCGGAGCGCACCCGCCUCGGAGCGCUCGCACCGCCACGCGGGGACAGGCCCGGACGGGCCCCGCCGGCUGCCAGCGCCCGCGCGUCGCGGAGCAAGAGAAGUGGAGAAGAGCGCGUGCUUGAGAAAGAAGAGGAGGAAGAAGAUGAAGACGACGACGAUGACGAAGACGACGUUUCUGAAGGCUCAGAAGUGCCCGAGAGUGACCGUGCCGCCGGUGCCCAGCACCUCCAGCUUAACGGCGAGCGAGGCCCCCCCAGCGCUAAGGAGAGGGGCAAGGAGUGGACGCCCUGCGCGCCUCUCCCGGGGCAGGACGAAGGGCGGGGCCCGGCACCCGGCAGCGGAACCCGCCAGGUGUUCUCUCUGACGGCCCUCAGUAAGGAAGGAGGAUCCGCCUCUGUUGCCACGGGGCCAGAUUCCCCAUCCCCUGUGCCUUUGCCCCCGGGAAAGCCAGCGCUCCCUGGGGUGGACGGGACCCCCUUCGGCUGUCCGCCUGGGCGCAAGGAGAAGCCAGCAGACCCGGUGGAGUGGACAGUAAUGGAUGUGGUGGAGUACUUCACCGAGGCCGGCUUCCCCGAGCAGGCCACUGCCUUCCAGGAGCAGGAGAUUGAUGGCAAGUCCCUGCUGCUCAUGCAGCGCACUGACGUGCUCACCGGCCUCUCCAUCCGCCUGGGCCCGGCCCUGAAGAUCUAUGAGCACCACAUCAAGGUGCUGCAGCAGGGCCACUUCGAGGAUGACGACCCUGACGGCUUCCUGGGCUGAGCCUUGCCCUCCCUAUGGCUCCCCAAGUGUCCAGAGCCAACCAGGGCACCCGGGCCCUAGUGACAGAUUUUCAUCCAGGGGCGCCUUGUUCAUUCCCUUUUUGCCUCCCACACACACAAUUUCCCCCUGCCACCCCCGCAUCUUCUGCGCCCCCAGAAUCGUCGGAGUAAGGGGUUGGGACUCCAGGAGGCCAGCCCCCCUGCCGGCCCAAGGACUUUUUUUUGGAAAAAAAAAAAAACUGGGCUUCCCCAAAAAAAUCAUUUUCAGCCAGAUGUUUGCUAUAUAAAUGGUUCUGCCUGUUCAUUUUGGUGGGUGGUCUCCUCCCCAACCACCUCAGCCCCUGCCCAGCUGGCUGUCCCUGCCUUCCAGCACGGGGGAGGGUUGGGGGACAAGUUGGGUGGGGUCCCUGGGACUUAUCCCAUCCCUUUCUGUCAGGCAUUGCUCCAGCUGGCUGUAUUGCUUUUUAAUAUUACACCGAAGGUUUUUUAAAUAAAGUUUAAAAAAAAAAGAAAAA